UGUGCUUCCAACUGUGAACCUCCAAGGCCCCAUCUGUGCCCCAAUGGGCACCAUCCCCAAGAGCUCCACCUCUACCUCAUCCCCAGGACCCCAGAAUCCUAGGCUGCUGGAGCUGGAAAGCCCUUGGAAAUCCUUAGAUAUCAAGAUGAGUGGAGAUGUAGCAGAUUCUACAGAUUCUCGCAGUGCUCUCAGCCUUGUGGAGACAGGAAAUGAUCGAAAUGGCCUGGAUUUCAAUAGGCAGAUUAAAACUGAGGAUCUCAGUGACUCCUUGCAGCAAACCCUCGUGCAUAGGCCAUGCCACAUGAGUCAAGGACCUGCCAUGACAUCCGGAAACCAAAUGUCUGGGGAUAUGACCUCCCUUCAUCCCCUCCAGCAGCUCGUACUGGUUCCUGGCCACUUACAGUCUGUAUCCCAGUUUCUGCUAUCUCAGACCCAACCUGGGCAGCAAGGUCUGCAGCCAAAUCUUCUCCCCUUUCCACAGCAACAAAGCUCUCUCCUCCUCCCACAGACUGGACCUGGCCUGGUGUCCCAGGCAGUUGGGCGCUCUGGGCUGCCAGGAUCCUCUUUAGAACCUCACUUGGAAGCGUCCCAGCAUCUCCCAGUGCCCAAGCAUUUACCCAACUCUGGAGGGGCUGAUGAGCCCAGUGACCUGGAGGAGCUGGAGAAGUUUGCCAAGACCUUCAAGCAGAGGCGCAUUAAGCUGGGCUUCACACAGGGAGACGUGGGGCUGGCGAUGGGAAAGCUGUAUGGCAACGACUUCAGCCAGACCACCAUCUCACGAUUUGAGGCCCUCAAUCUGAGCUUCAAGAACAUGUGUAAGCUCAAGCCACUGCUGGAGAAGUGGCUGAGUGAUGCAGAAUCUUCUCCGUCAGACCCCUCAGUGAGUACCCCCAGCUCUUACUCCAACCUCAGUGAAGUAUUUGGUAGGAAGAGGAAGAAACGCACCAGCAUUGAGACCAAUAUUCGCCUGACUCUGGAGAAGAGAUUUCAAGACAACCCCAAACCCAGUUCAGAGGAGAUCUCCAUGAUUGCAGAGCAGUUAUCCAUGGAGAAGGAGGUGGUGAGGGUCUGGUUCUGCAACCGACGCCAAAAGGAGAAGCGAAUCAACUGUCCUGUGGCCACACCCAUCAAAUCACCCAUCUACACUUCACGUCUGGUCUCUCCCUCUGGGUCUCUGGGCCCCCUUGCCAUCCCUCCUGUCCAUAGCACCAUGCCUGGAACAGUAACAUCAUCCUGUUCCCCUGGGAACAACAGCAGGCCUCCGUCUCCUGGCUCAGGACUCCACACCAGCAGCCCCACUGCAUCUCAAAAUAACUCCAAAGCAGCAGUGAACUCCUCCUCCAGUUUUAACUCUUCAGGAUCUUGGUACCGAUGGAAUCAUCCCACCUACCUCCACUGAGACCAAAAAGUUUCUCCUAUUCCACCUGGCCCUGUAUUCUCCACUGGAAGGAAGGGAGUCAUACCUUCUCUGUAUGGACAGAUUACUUUCAGAAGAAUAGAAGAGAAUCCCCACUAUCAGUGAACCUAAAUUCUUGCCUUCAUGAGCAAGGGCCUCCGGAGAUCCAAACUGUGAUUGAACCAUGUGUUGACUCCUAGUGUUCUUGAAAUAUAUACCAAUACGAGGAGUUGACCAUUUACACCUUCCUUGCCUGUGCCCUUAUCCUCUAGUUCUAAAUAUUUCAGAUGGCAUCACUGUGGCAGUGGUGUGUCAGAGAAAGGACGUUUUGCCGUUAUUCUGCAACUCAUUCUGGGGACAGCCAUUUACCUGGUGUGCCAAACUAUCAGAAGGGGAGAUAAUGGUUUUGACUCUGAACUUAGCCACAAUCUCUGAACUGGUUCUAAAAUCUGUGAAAAGAUUUGAAUCCAAUGUCUCCACCAAAGCCUUGAUGUUUUCUCUAUUCAGCAAAGUUUUCUGACUGAAUCUUCUUUCACUCCAUUUCCCAACAGCCCUGCCCCCCUUUUCUAGACCCAAAUCCAUUCAUGAUUUUGUUCUACAAGUUCCCGCCUCUUUACAGAAGACUGAGUCCCUCAGUCCCCUGGGCAAAUUUCUCUGCCUGUAGGUGCUCUUCAGUCUGUUACAUCUGUCCCAGAGUUCAGGAGCACUUGUUCCUUCUCUCCUUCCCUAUGUUUCUCCUUAUCUCAUCCUUUUUCCCUUUUACUGGCUGCAGAAGGAAGAACACAAAAGCAAACAUGCAACAAUUAUGCUCGCAAAAUACCUGUAUAUAGCCCUUUCCUGUUUUUGCAUUAUGUUCUUCUCUCCUUAAUGUGGAAUUUUUCAGCAAAAUGUUUAACUCAGGUGUGAAUUUUGAAGACGUCUCUGUAAUAUUUUAUCUUCUUUAAAAAAAAUGAAAAAGAAAAAAAUACCAAAGUGUGAAAUACUGUGCUAGCUCCCACAAGAGUUCCCACAUGGGAUGGGAAUCCUUGUUAGCUUCCCGGGAACAUUAUCUCUAGUCUCCUUCUUUGUGGGCCAGUGUGUAGAGAUGUAACAUGAAGCCAUUCCAGAAACGGUAACUCUUUUUUUAAGACUGCAUAUCCAAGAGAAGUUGAUAUUCAAAGGAAUCUCACUGUUCCUAAAUAAAUUUGUAUAGUGAUAAUAUAAACUAUUCUAUUGAUAAGAAGAGGUUUAGAUUAUUGUUCUGUAUCUUUUGUUAUGGGGGGAAUCUGAGUGCAUAUGAUAAAAUAGGAUGGGGGAAAUGUUUCAAAUUGAUGCAUUAAGUCUAUUACUCCCCAAACUGAUGCUAAAGAUGACAUCCAUUAAUACAGGGCUCUGAAGAGUUCAGAGUUCCUACUCUUUUUGACAGAAUUACCUUAAAGGCAGAGAAAGUGAGCGACUUUAUUUUCUUAUUUUGUAAGUGGGAGAAUGGUAAAUGUUUAAGGUCAAGUCAUUCGGAGACUUAAGAGGUAGAGGCUGAGGUUAAAAGCUCAUGUCUCAGAUAUCCUAAAGGUCAGUUAUUUAUAAUUCACAAUGGAAAUCUGUCUUAAAUAGGUAUUUAAGGCAAAAAAAAAUUGAAUAAUCAUAAAUUUGCCUUUGGAAUGCACUGUGACUCUUGGUGAGGGGCUUGAGGGGAUAGGGGAGCUAUUCUUGUGUUUUUCUCAGGUUAAUACAAAUUUAAAUAGCUACCAUUCCUGGGGUAAAAACCUGUGGGAAAGGGAAGCCCUUCAAAAAUGUAAUGGCUGAAGGAGAAAAACUAAAGUUGGGAUUAGAUAUUUUUCACAAAUAAUGAUAUUCAAGUGGAAAAUCUAUACAUAAAUG